AUUGACAGAACAAAUUUCUGUUAUUUUUUUUUUACACUUUUAUAGUUAAAAAAAAAAACCGGAAUUAUAACUAAAAUUCCAAUUAAAUUAAAUAAAAAUUAAUUAAAUUGUAUUAAAUUUUUCAAUUUUAAUGCAACAUUUUAUAUUUUUUGUAUCGAGUAGUUAGUCGAACAAAAACAAAUUCAAAAUAUUUUGCAACACGUGCUCAUAAUCUGAUCAUCAUAUUUGUUAACCACUCACAAUGGAUGUCCUAGAAAGACCGGCUGAAGAAUUUGUCAACGAUGGCUUGGUUGAAGAAAUGUGGGCAAUGAAAGCUAUGGAACAUGCCGAAGUCUAUUUUAAUCUUAUUUGCAAUAUUGAUCCAAAAAGUGUUAAAUUAUCACCUUUCGAUGAUAUAAUUUACACAACAUUUAGACAAGAUUUUCCAAAUUUAAAAAUUGAUAAAAUCCUCGACGAUGAUUUAAAAACACCUGAACAAAAAAUCAAAUGGAGAGCUUUUAUUGAAAAAUUCAAUAAAUUAGAAGACUUUUCUUAUGGAACUCUGCUCAGAUCGGAAGCUAGUAAAGAAUUCUCUCCGGAGAAUUCGUUGCUUGUUGUGAGAGUGCAAUUUCUUGCAAUUGAAAUAGCAAGAAAUCGUGAAGGUUACAAUGAUGCUGUGAGAGAAAAGUUUAAGCCUAAAUUCCUGCCUAAACCAAUGACAACUUCAACACCUGUUGAAGAAUCAACAUAGUUAUUUUUUAUGCAUUUUCUUUUCUUUCUUUUUUUUAUAAAUAUUUAUGCAACUCGAAUUGUAUCAAAACUUGUGUAUAAAUUUAGAUUUUAGUAAUGAUAAAUAGAUAUUUUUUAAGGGCAUAGCAGA